GAUUAGAGUUACUUUAUGUCUGCUCCUGUUUGUCUAACUAUAAUAUCUCUCUCCUUCUUUAUAUGACAUAUUUGGGAGAGAAGCUCAGCAGACAUGAUGGUAUUAACAACAUGUAUGGGUGGUUCAAACAAAUGUUUAAAUCGACACAAAAUGAGAAGGGCAAGGCAACUGAAAAACCGAGGAGAGCUGGUGGCAAUAGAUCUGAAUUCUCUACAUCGCCAUCAUCACAAGGACCAGCUGUAACUAAACCACCGCAGUUAAAGCUUUCCCUGAGUUCAGAGCUGAGAUGGAAACGGAAAUAUGACGUGUUUGUAUGUCACAGCUCUGCCCAGAGAGACAUUGAGGAGGCCAAACGCCUGGUUUUGUUCCUUGAGACGCCGCCCCGCAGCCUCAGGUGUUUCCUGUGGCACAGAGACUCAUGCCCGGGAGGUGCUAUAUCCACAGAGUUUUGCAAGGCUGUGGAGAACAGCCACAUACGGGCUCUGCUCAUUACUCCAAGCUUUGUGCAGGAUGGUUGGUGCAGUUACAUGAUGCACCAGGCCCUGGCAGAAGGACCCAUGUCCAAUAGGAUGAUACCACUGCUUCAGGGCCUGGCCCACUCUCAAUACCCGCAGGAACUGAGGUUCUACUACUACAUUGAUCUGAGCAGGAAUCCUGACUAUGGCUUCAGUGUCGUCAACAAGACCAUACAAAGUUAUCUGGAGAAGUUGACACAACAUGAAAAUAAACUAUGCUGUAGCCUGGACUGCUCGAGCGCCUCAGAGUGGCAGCCCAGGAUACAGAAGUGA